GUCAAAAAAUUUGGUUAUAAAUUAAUAUUUCAAUUAUUUCAUACGUUUAUCAAGGUUUAUUACAAAUUGUAUAUUUACAGGAGUACUUAAAACUUUAUCUUAUCGCCCGUAUUCAUAAAAAUUUUGAAUCAAAUUGGUAAAAAGGAAUAUAAAAACUGGACUUUGGAAAUCACUUGAGGUUGAACCAAGACAUUUUUUUAACAAAUGGUACAUUUCAACGACUCCAUAAAACAUGGGAUUGAGUAACGUUGCGACGAGUCCUUUAAUUUUCGUUAAGGACGCAUUAAAUAGCCAAUUUCAAGGGAAAGAGCCAUGGCAAAUCGUUACAGUAACAACUUCUACAGUCCUUUUCUCUGUGUGGUUCUACGGAUUUCUGUUUCAAGAUGAAAGCUUAGUUGAAAGGACCAAGAAAACCGCCUUUAGAUUAUUAAAGAAGAUACCUCAAGUGCGUAAGAAGUUAGAGGACGAAUUAGAUUCGAUCGCCAAAGGCUUCGAAGACGAUAUUAAGGAGUCUACUAAAGGUCUUACUUUCAUUAGGGAAUUGCCCAAAAGCGGCCUUUCCAAAGAAGCCAUUCUCGACACCCUCAAUGAUAAUCUGUCUCUUGGAAACUACGACUGGAAAGGAGGCAGAGUAUCCGGCGCUGUUUAUUUCUACAAUAAGGAUUUAAUAGAAUUAAUAACCGAUGUCUACGGAAAAACCUCAUACACCAACCCGUUACACCCGGAUCUGUUUCCCGGAGUAUGCAAGAUGGAAGCCGAAGUCGUAAGGAUGGCUGCGAGUCUAUUUCACGGCGAUGAAAAUGCCGUUGGCUCUAUGACGAGCGGUGGUACCGAAUCAAUCUUGAUGGCCUGCAAGGCGUUCAGAGACUACGGUAGAGAAGUGAAAGGAAUAACCAAGCCAGAAAUGGUUGUACCGACAACAGUCCAUGCUGCAUUCGAUAAAGCCGGUCAAUACUUCAAAAUCAGAGUCAGAUCCAUUCCGGUUGAUAACAGAACCUACCAAGUAGACAUGAAGCAGUUUAAACGAGCCAUCAAUUCUAACACAGUGCUGUUAGUUGGAUCUGCUCCCAAUUUCCCUUAUGGUACAAUGGACGAUAUUCCAGCUAUUUCUGAAUUAGGUGUUAAAUACAACAUUCCGGUGCACGUUGAUUCUUGCUUAGGGGGUUUCUUGAGUUGCUUCAUGGAAGAUGCGGGUUAUCCGAUUCCCCUGUGCGAUUUCAGAUUGCCUGGAGUUUGUAGUAUAUCGGCUGAUACGCACAAAUACGGUUAUGCACCAAAAGGGUCUUCUAUUGUGUUGUACAGGAACAAAAAGUACAGGCAUCACCAAUAUACCGUUACCACAGAUUGGCCUGGUGGUGUAUACGGUUCUCCUAGCGUCAAUGGUUCGAGGCCCGGAGGUAGCAUCGCAGUAUGCUGGGCUGCCAUGUUGAAUUUCGGAAAAGACAAUUACAUUCAGGCCACUAGGGAUGUGAUUCAUACGACGAAAUACAUAGAAAAGGGGUUGAGAAGGAUGAGAGGUAUAUUCAUUUUCGGACAACCGGUUACAAGUGUCAUAGGUAUAGGUUCGAAUGAUUUUGAAAUAUACCGGCUGUCCUCGGCUUUGAAAGAAAAAGGUUGGAAUUUGAGCGUUCUGCAAUUUCCUUCUGGCAUCCAUAUUUGCGUAACAAGGCAGCACACAAAACCUGGAGUAGCAGAUCAAUUUUUGGAAGACGUUAGAACUUCGUUGGAGGAGCUGCUGAAGAACCCUUCGGAACCAGUCGAAGGAAAGAUGGCGAUUUAUGGAGUUGCCCAAGCUUUACCCGACAGAUCCAUCGUGGCGGAUUUCACGAAAUUAUUUUUGGAUUCAAUGUUGCUCGUACCGAAAAAAGAAGAAAAUUAGAUGCCUACUGUAUCGAAAUUAGAUGUUUUUUUAAUAUGUUUAAUGUGAUAACGCCAGAUAAAAAAUCUAUAACAAGAUACUAAUAAAACUAAUAUUGUUGUUAAUCAUCAGAUCUCUUUCUCAUUUACAUACUCCACGUCGACAAUUUGCCGCGAUCUUUAAACAAUACACCGCACGUUUUAGCUUUAUCUCUAACAUUAUCACACAGUUGCAAAAUAUUUUUGUUCUUAUCAUCGAUUCCUAAACAUCUAACAGCCUGUCUAAACUCGUUCAAUACAUCUACGAUUUCGCUAAAGUCUUUGGAAGCAUCAGCUUCGGGGAGGACAUUCAAACCAAAAAUUCCCAGGAUAUUAUCAAUAAAGUUCCUUACAGCUAAAACCGACCCCAAGCCGUUAGUAUUUCCAGCCGAAGCGGUCGUGUACAACAUACUGUUAGUGACCGAUACUAGCUCGUUUAAUAUUUUUAUCACAGACGGGGUAUCAAAAUCGUCACAUAAAGCAUCGUGGAUAUUCCUGGCGCUUUUGUCGAGGUGUUCGUUUAAAACGUUGGCGUCCACAGUGGAACUAAUGUAGCCGUUUUUGAAUUCAUCGCAGGUAGCCACGCAGUUUUUGAACGUUUUCAGCGUGUUUUUUGCAGUCGACAUCAAUUCGUCGCUGUAUUCCAUGUUGUUUUGGUAACGGGACAGUACACAAGCCAUUCGGAAAUCGUGCGGAUCGUGCGUCUUCAACAUGUCUUGAAUUGAUACGGUGUUUUUCAACGAUUUGGACAUUUUCGUGGAUUGGUUAAGGUGUAAAUGACCCGUGUGUAGCCAAUAGUUGACCCAUUGGGAGGUUCCGUGGAACGCGCAAGAUUGGGCUUCUUCGUUUUCGUGGUGAGGAAACCUCAAGUCGAUCCCAC